AUGUCAGAUUCUGUAAACAAUUUUUUUGAACCAGUCCCUUCAAACCAACAAGAAUAUAAGAAGCUAUCAGAUUCUGUCACAAGUUUUCAACAAGAUCAACAAAUGAGUUUACACACCUCAACCACAACGGGCUUUAAUCAAAAUAGUAACAAUAUCACAACUUCAACUUCUAUUGCACCAAUUCCCAAACCCCCUCCAUAUCAUGAAUUUGUUGAAUACAAUUGGGAACCUGAAUUUUCAAUGCUUUUUCCACCAGAAGAAUUUAGCCAACAACAAUUAUUAGAUCCGGCGGAUGAAAAAUUUAUAUUUGAAAUAAAGCAAGAAAUCAAAUCAUCAACACCAAAAUCUAGUAGAAAGCCUUACAAGGAACUAUUAACUGAAGAAGAAAAACGAGCAAAUCAUAUAGCUUCUGAACAAAAACGUCGAAAUACAAUUCGCGCAGGUUUUAAAGAAUUAACGGAUAUUAUACCAACUUUAAAAAAUGUCAAUAAUUCCAAAAGUACCAUUCUAUUUAAAGCUGUUGAUUAUAUUAAACAUUUGGAAAGGAGAAAUCGUAAUUUGAAAGAACGUGCAGGUUUAUUAGAGAUGAGAGUUGAAAUGGAGAUGAGGCAAGGUGGAGCUUAUGGACAUCCUCCUCCUACAAUGGGAUUUGGACAUCAACGGGUAGGUCCAAUGUCAUUAGGUAAUACUGCUGCUUAUAAUAUAAUGCCACAAAAUGGUAUAAACAUGAAUACAAUUCCAAUACAAAUGUCAUCACAUCCGCCGUCACAAUCACAUCAUUCACGACAACAACAACCAUCUCUUCAAUCGCCUGUAGCACCUUAA